AUGUCCCUGGAAACUCCAUCUGUCGCUGACACAUCCACGCUCAUCACGCUUUCUGCACACAGUGACCACCCGCAGGUGCAAUAUCUGUGCACCAUACCGCCGUCAGUCAGUGAUGACUUUAAACAUCUAUCCACAGUCAGGGAUGACUUUAAACAUCCAUUGCAUCUUAAUGCGCCCAAUCCGGAGCCUUCUGCAGUACCAGAGGCUCAAAAUGCGCCACCUUCUGACCAGAGUAUGUCUCUGGUAACCCCCUCCAUCACUGAUCAUUCCGCGCAUUUCGCGUUUUCCGCUUACAGUGAUUACCAUCUGCUGGUGAAACAUCUGUGCAUCACAUCGCCCAUCCGCCAAUUAGAUCAUGUCUCAGAUGACUCUGAUGCGCCUCCAGCGCACCACCAUACGCCUAAGGUCGCACAGGUCAUGCACUCAGAGGCAUUGUAUAUUCAUCCUCGUUCAUUGUCACAUUUCUCGUCCAUUUCAUGUUUAAAGCUGUUAAGACCGUAG